AGGUACAGUAUACUGCAGGCUUUGCCUCCGAAUUAGAGGGAGUGGGGAGGAACGAUUGCGUGGCUUGAAGCCUAAAGUUCGGCCUUCUUAAUCUGGGAUAGAUUCUACCCGCGUAAGCUGCUAAUCAAAUCUUGUCCUUUAUACAGUCGUACCUCGUCUCGCACCGGCGUAUGCAGGGACCCACUGGCGAUUGCCUUGCGGUGGUCCACGUGUAACGAUCACGUGCUACGACUGUGGUUGAUGUUCGACUUGCACGGGUCCUAAGUGCAAUUGCAACUACCAUUAGCUCUAUAGCGGAUCCCUCGCCACAGCGCAUAUAUCUUCUUUGUAUCCCAAAAAAGGGUUUAUCCGCACAACAGUGGAGGCCACACCCUGUCGGAAUCAAAUCAAGCACAAAGGUGAGAGUGGUCCACACACUGGCUCAAUCAGGUCAAGGACAAUGGACCACUCAACGUGUUUCAUCUCAGUGUGGUUGUGGUUGAAGGCAUAUAAAAGCUUCAUCUUCCCGUAACCCACCCUGAGCUCCCACCCACUACUCCCACAGGGACAGAACGUCCUCUCACACCCCCGCAAUCUGGUCCGGAGGUCCCAACUGAUCCUGACCUGCAGGCGUCGCCCCACAAGUCCACCAACACAACACGCGGGAACAGUAAGGACAACAUCGAUUAUCGUAUCGUUGCUCAAGAAGAGAUGGACACGUCUAUCUAUCAAGAGGAUCUCGAUAAGUGGUUCUCGAAAUUUUUGCCAGGUAAAGAUGGUGAAAACCUCAGCUUCAAACGGGAAGAUCUUCCUGAAGAAUUCCGGGAAAAGAAGUUUCACUUUGACGAAGUUACGUUCGACGCGAACAGUGAUCGUCCCAGGAUCAAACUCGAAAAGGAUCUCUAUACUAUCUUGUGUCCUGUGAUACAGAACGUUUUCGACCUUGCCGCACACAGGUCAACCGGGGAAGCUCCUAGAGAUCUGCUCAAAAUCCGAGACACAAGUAAUUGGGAAGAGGAGAGCGACAAUAAACUGUCUCCUGAUUUUCUAGUUCACAAGGACUCCGUGUCUCGGCCCUUCGAGCUCGAGGAUGCCCGAAAGAAGAAGGUCACUUCGAAAUCGCAUAGGAAAUUCGUUGGACGCGCUGCUUACUCGUGGAGUCUGCUACCUGGAGAGGCCAAGAUCAAAGAAGACGGCUUCGGUCUAGGUGACGAAUUGAACCUUCCUGACACCAAGGCCAGUCGUCGAACACGUGGACAGUUCGCUGAAUACAUCGCUGAGAUUCUCUAUCGACAACAUCGUCAGUUCACCUUUGCAUUCUAUAUCUACAAGAACUGGGCUCGGUUCUUCAUCGUCGACAGGGUCGCUUCCGUGACUACCCCGGCAUUCGACUAUGUCAAGGAUCCCUACACGUUUCUGAAAUUCUUCUAUCGUCUGGCUCAAGCCGAUGCCUCUGCGCAAGGCUAUGACCCCACUGUUACGCUCGCAUCAUCUACCAGCAUCUCCACUCUCAAGGAGCAUAUGUCCACCGACCAUGGAGCUAUCCAACCGUUCAUUGACGACGCUAUGAAUGAUGCUUUUGCCUACGAAUCGACUUCUAUCUGGCCUCUCUACGAAGUACAGGUCUGCGACCACGACACAGGGAACAUUUCGUACUUUCUUAUUGGAAAACCUCGGACGCCUUCCACUUCCCUUUAUGGUCGUGCUACAAAGGGCUACAUUGCGUUUGAUCUAAUUGCACAUGACUUCGUCUGGCUGAAGGAUACCUGGCGUCUGGCUUCGCUGCACUCUCACCCUGAAUGGGAAGUUUAUGAAAAGCUCAAGGCGGCUGGCGUUGAAAAUACUGCCACUAUGCGGACUGGUGGCGAUGUGUACGACCCCAAGUUACAACGCACUCUGUCCCAGGAGUAUCUUAGUCACGCACGCCUCAAACCUCGGAUCCACUGUCGCCUCGUCGUCAACGAAAUCGGGUGUCCACUGGAAACGUAUGAGACAAGUCACGAUUUGAUAUACGUUGUCUUGUGUGCCCUUCAAGCACACGAAGAUGCAUGGGUGAAAGCGGGGAUACUACAUCGGGAUAUUAGCGAUAACAAUAUCUUGAUUUUCUUCGUGGAUGGUAGAAGAUGCGGCCUGCUCAUAGAUUGGGAUUUGUGCAAGUAUGCGUCCGAACUGCAAGAACGCAAAGCGACUCACAAAAACAGAUCGGGUACUUGGCAGUUCAUCUCCGCCUUGCGUCUUCGGUGUCCCAAGAAGUAUUGUGAAGUUGCAGACGACAUCGAAUCGUUUGUGCAUGUCAUAAAUUGGUGCGCCCUGCGAUACCACCAACACAACCAUCUAGGAUCGGCAUCCGGAUUCGCCACGUUCAUUCACCGAAUGUUUUUGGAUUGCUCAAUCUCCUCGGAUGGCCUCCUUUAUGGAUGCCCUGAAAAGUGGGUUGCUAUGAUGAGGGGUGACCCAGGCUUCAACCUAAGUUCCGACGAGAGGUUUCAGAACGUUAUAAACGAGCUGAUGCGCGUAUGUUCUUCCCACUAUCGUUCCCUUGAUCUGAAAGAGCUGGAAAGAUUCCGACCAACUGAACCCAAGGAAGCGGAGGCUUUACGAGCCUCUACUGUCCGACCUGUCGCUCCACCAGUAAACAUGAACAAGGUCAGGCCGCCGCGUAGGCGUACUAGGGGGGACAAUAACAAGGCAGCGGAACCCGCUGGGGCGAAUAUCCAACGAGGUCCUGCAGAGCGCACCCUGGACGAACACGCAAAUAUCGCCGACGUACUGUUUGAAGCAAUACAAGAUACUGAUUGGAAGUGUGCUCGAGAGCCUGGGGUCGAUUACUUCGAACAAAUGCUCAAUGUCAACCUCACUCUUGGACGCCGCUCGGUUGCAGGGACGCAAUCUUCCGCGACUUCUUCUCAGAAACGAAGCCGACCUCCUGCAGUGUCGGGCAGUAUCCAGUUGAAGAGGUCCAGAGGGUCGCGAUCCGGUGCUCAUGCUUCCCAGCUUGCUUCCUUACCUGAAGCGGAAGAGGAUCAGGAGGAGGGGGAGCAGGAGGAGGGAGAGGGAGAGGACCAGGACCAGGACCAAGGGGGGAGUACCCAGAGCCAAAAUCUGCAGUUCCACGAGGAUAUUGAGGAUGAUAUUUUUAAUUAAAAGACGAGGAGGAAGGAAUGUCUAUCCUCGAUGCUAGGCGAGAUGACAUGAUCGAUUGGAAGUACCUAAAUGAUACCGAGCCAGUGUAGUGUAGUAGUUAUACCCAUACACAUAGGCUUGUCCUCACGAAUGACGUCCAUACGCAAUAUAUCCUUGGCAUACAUGUU